ACCACGGAGCUGUUCAUGGGGAACCUGCGAAACAAGUGUGUCGUGUGGCCCAUAAACUUCAAUGAGAGCUAUCUUGAAAAUGGCACCAAAGGCUUUGAUUGGGAAGAGUAUAUCAACAAUAAAACAAAUUUUUACACGGUUCCUGGCAUGCUGGAACCUUUACUCUGUGGGAACAGUUCAGAUGCUGGGCAGUGCCCAGAAGGAUACCAGUGUAUGAAGGCAGGAAGGAACCCUAACUAUGGUUAUACAAGCUUUGACACUUUCAGCUGGGCCUUCUUGGCAUUGUUUCGCCUUAUGACCCAGGACUACUGGGAAAACUUGUAUCAGUUGACCUUACGAGCAGCUGGAAAAACAUACAUGAUCUUCUUUGUCUUGGUCAUCUUUGUGGGCUCAUUCUAUCUGGUGAACUUGAUCUUGGCUGUGGUGGCCAUGGCUUAUGAAGAGCAGAAUCAGGCAACAUUGGAGGAGGCAGAACAAAAAGAGGCUGAGUUCAAAGCAAUGUUGGAGCAACUUAAGAAGCAACAGGAAGAAGCACAGGCUGCCGCAAUGGCCACUUCUGCAGGCACUGUUUCAGAAGAUGCCAUUGAGGAAGAAGGUGAAGAUGGGGUUGGCUCUCCUCGGAGUUCAUCCGAAAUUUCUAAACUCAGUUCAAAGAGCGCCAAGGAAAGACGUAAUAGGAGAAAGAAGAGGAAGCAAAAGGAACUCUCUGAGGGAGAAGAGAAAGGGGAUCCUGAGAAGGUAUUUAAGUCAGAGUCAGAAGAUGGUAUGAGGAAGAAGGGCUUUCGACUGCCAGACAACAGAAUCGGGAGGAAAUUCUCCAUUAUGAACCAGUCACUGCUCAGCAUCCCAGGCUCACCCUUCCUCUCCCGCCACAACAGCAAAAGCAGCAUCUUCAGCUUCCGGGGCCCUGGGCGGUUCCGAGACCCAGGUUCGGAGAACGAGUUUGCAGACGACGAGCACAGCACCGUGGAGGAGAGCGAAGGCCGCAGGGACUCGCUGUUCAUC